AUGGAAGCCACUCCACGAGCUUCUCCCUUGGAGACAAAAACCCACAAGGGGAAGCGUGCGGGACGCCUUGGGUCCCAACAUGGUGGCCUCCUGGGCAUCGCCGCCAGCCUGCUGGGGCUCCUGUGGCUCCUGACUGUCACCGCGGGACCUUGGGCCGCCGCCGGGGAAGAGGAGACGUUUAAAUGCGAGGACCUCAAAGUGGGACAAUAUAUUUGUAAGGAUCCCCAAAUAAACAAUGCUACGCAAGAACCAGUUAACUGUACAAACUACACAGCUCAUGUCCAGUGUUUUCCAGCACCCAGCAUAACUUGUAAGGAUUUAAGAGGCAAUGAAACACAUUUUACUGGAAAUGAAGUUGGUUUUCUCAGGCCCAUAUCAUGCCGAAAUGUAAAUGGCUAUUCAUACAAAGUGGCAGUUGCAUUGUCUCUUUUUCUUGGAUGGUUGGGAGCAGAUCGAUUUUAUCUUGGAUACCCUGCUUUGGGUUUAUUAAAGUUUUGCACUGUAGGAUUUUGUGGAAUUGGGAGCCUAAUUGAUUUUAUUCUUAUUUCAAUGCAGAUUGUUGGACCUUCAGAUGGAACUAGUUACAUUAUAGAUUACUAUGGAACCAGACUUACAAGACUGAGUAUUACUAACGAAAUGGUUAGGAAAACACAGUUAUAUCCAUAG